CGAAACGGUGGAUGUCAGACCCAAAGACCGCCAGAGUGCGCUAUUAUUCCUGACGUCGUUAGAUUGGGGGUGUGUGGAUGCGAGCGUCCUCACCGAGUAGCGAGACAAAGCAGUUUUCUUGUUAUGAACUUCUUCCUCCUCUAUCCGCGUCAAGGUCUUCGAAAAAAGAGCUCAUUUCAAGAGCCAAACUAGAACUGCUACAGGAGUCGUCCGCAGUAGGCGAUUGCACUUUUGCACACAGUGGAUAGACUUGGCCAGCAAGGGUGCAUGGAGAAUUCUGAUCGAACAGAAGUUCUCGUCUAAACGCACAAAUUACAGUUUUAUGGGAAGGACGUGCUGAUUACAACAAUAACAUUGGAAAAUGGUUCAACAAAAGAUAUUCCGGGCGGUUAUCAUGGGACCUCCAGGUUCAGGGAAGGGCACAGUGUCGGGGCGCAUAGUAAAACGUUUCGGAUUAUCGCAUCUUUCAAGUGGAGACCUUUUGAGAGCCAACAUUAAAGCCCAAACAGAGCUGGGUCUUCUGAUGAAGUCAUGCAUCGAUCAGGGUCAGCUGGUACCUGAUGAUGUCAUCUCCCGUCUCAUCCUGACAGAGAUGAGGAGCAUAGAGCAGAGCAGCUGGCUGCUGGACGGGUUCCCCCGCACCGUGACUCAGGCGGAGACUCUAGACGGCGUGUGCAGGGUGGACACAGUCAUCAACAUGGACGUUCCUUUCCAGACCAUCAAACGGAGACUGACCUCUCGCUGGCUCCACCUGCCUAGCGGACGCGUCUACAACAUCGACUUCAACCCACCCAAGAUCUCUGGCCUUGAUGAUGUCACUGGAGAGCCUCUGAUUCAGAGAGACGAUGACACACCAGAGACCAUCACCAGGAGGCUGAGGUCCUACGAAAACCAGACACAACCCGUGUUGGAGUACUACAGGAGCAAAGGGAUGUUGGAGACAUUCUCAGGAACGGAAACCAACAAGAUCUGGCCUCACAUUCAGGCAUUUCUGUCCAAAAAACUCUUCCCCCAAAAUGAUAAGGUUGUUGGGAAAGCCUAGAAUCCACCCUGGGAACGGAUGGAUUAGUUUAACACACCUUAAAUGGAACUUAACUCUUUGGUCCAAACCAUAGCAGUAUCUCUGUGCCUAUAUAAGACCAUGCCACUUAGUACAACAUAUUGUAGUUGGAUAAGGACCACUUGUUCAACCAAUGUCACAUUCUCUCUGUUCAUUCCAUGUCGCCUGAUCCCAGAUCUGUUUAUGCUGUCUUGCCAACUCUUAUUGUCACUGUCAAGCUAAACAUCGAUCGUAGUAUCUGGGAUCAGGAUACUCCAUAUGUAACUUGUUGCUAGGUGAUGUGGAUUUGUGUCCUUGGUCUGUGUGUGUGUGGGUGGGUGGACAGGACAAGACUUGAGGCUAAAGUGCCAUUAUGUGAAGUGGUCUUGAAUUAAUCCAUGUUUGUAGGGCCAAGUGCCUGUUGUCGACUGUACUUUAUCAUGUAGUAGAAGUUUUUAAAUGAUGGAAAAUGUGAAUCACCAUGCAGUUAUUAAUACAUUAAAAAAAUACUGAUUUUA